CGAGUGCGCGUAGCUUACGAACGAGUGACGGCUUGUAACUUCUUCGUCGUCUCCUUCGUAGGAUCUGAUCAUUCAAGAGCAGCUACUUGAGUUGUUUCACAAUCACAAGAGUCUCAUCCGAGCCACAAUUGGGCAGCAGAACAUCCAUUAACAAUCAUGACGGUGAAAGAGCUUCCUGAGUCGCGAUGCGACGUCUUGAUUGUCGGCGCUGGCCCUGCUGGUAUGAUGCUGGCUACGUGGAUGGCACGAUGCGGCAUAAACGCCCGGAUAGUCGACAAGCGCAGCACGAAAAUAUUCAACGGUCAGGCUGACGGGCUGCAGAGCCGCAGUCUUGAAAUCUUCGACAGCUUCGGAUUCGCAGAUCGUGCCUUGAAAGAGGCGAACCAUAUGCUGGAGAUGUGUAUGUGGAAUCCCGGGGAGGAUGGCACUCUCCGGAGGUCUGACCGCGUACCUGAUGCCAUAGUUGGGCUUUCGCGUUUCACUCAGAUUGUCCUGCAUCAAGGGCGCAUCGAGAGAUUUUUCUUAGACAAUAUCAAGAAGCACUCGAAGGAUUCGCUUCGUAUUGAGCGCGCUGUGCUUCCUGAAUCUCUGUCGAUUUCGGAAGACCUAUGCGACGACCACUCCCCAGAAACGUAUCCGCUCAAGGUGCAGCUGAGGCAUCUGACAGAGGAAGAGGCUACUCCGGCCCAAAGCAAUGGGGAAACCAUCCAAGAUGGUUUGUUCAGGAGUAACUUGGCCGAAGACGAUACAGAUGAUCUCAUUGCUCACAGCAGGGCCAAUGCCGGGAGCACGGAGGUAGUAAAAGCGAAAUACAUGGUAGGAUGUGAUGGCGCACACAGUUGGACUAGAAGGCAACUUGGCUUUGAACUAGAAGGCGAGCCCACGGAUUUCAUCUGGGGAGUUUUGGAUAUCAUUCCCAUCACAGAUUUUCCAGAUAUCCGUGAGCGCUGCGCUGUCCACAGUGCCUCAUCCGGUUCUAUGAUGGUCAUCCCUCGCGAGAAUAAGCUUGUUCGAUUGUACAUUCAACUCACGGAGAUCAAGCCCGACGCAAGUGGACGCGCGGAUCGCUCUCAGAUCACGCCGGAUACCAUCAUCAAGGCUGCUCAGAAAAUUAUAGCGCCAUACCAACUCACGUACAAGUACUGUGACUGGUGGACGGCGUACCAGAUAGGGCAACGGGUUGGUACCAACUUCGACUACAAAAACAGAGUCUUCUUGGCGGGUGACGCUGUGCACACUCACUCUCCGAAAGCCGGUCAAGGCAUGAACGUUUCGAUGCAGGAUGCCUACAACCUCGGUUGGAAGCUUGCUCUAGUCGUGAAGGGCGUAGCGCAGCCAUCAAUUCUGAGCACAUACCAGUCGGAGCGUAGACGAAUCGCCCAAGAUCUAAUCAACUUUGAUCACAAGUUCUCCCGCUUGUUUUCCGGCCGCCCGGCAAAGGAUAUCCUGGAUGAGUCAGGUGUCAGCAUGACUGAGUUCAAGGAUGCUUUCGUGAAGGGAAACAUGUUUGCGUCUGGGCUUUCGGUAGACUACGGUUCUAGCAUGCUCGUAGCCAAGGGUGGCGAUGCAGCUGAACAGGGUGACGGCACAGACGUCUCUUCGUCCAAAACGCAAAUCGCUGGAAAUCAAGAAUUGGCGAAGAAUAUCAAGCUAGGAAUGCGUUUCCCGAGCUACAAAGUUCUUAAUCAAAGCGACGCUCGACCAUGGCACUUCCAGGAGUGGUUCAAAUCCGAUGGCCGCUUCCGCCUCGUCGUCUUUGCUGGCAAUGUUCUCUCAACAGCACAAAAAGAUCGCCUGGAUGCUUUCUGCGGGAAACUGACCGCAUCAGCGUUCCUUGCGCCUCACAUCCACAAGGACAUUGAUGUCCUGACAUGCCAUUCGGCCAAGCGAAUCGAGACAGAACUCCUUCGUGAUUUCCCGGAGGUUUUGCAUCCGUUCGAUGACAAGACGGGCUGGGACUAUAACAGCGUGUUUGUGGACGAUUUAAGCUACCACGAAGGACAUGGCGAAGCCUACAAAAAUUAUGGCGUGGACCAAGAGCGCGGCUGCGUCGUUAUUACGAGACCAGAUCAAUAUGUUGGAUUCAUUGGAGAGCUGGACGGCGAGGGUGUGAAGGGUGUGGAGACAUACUUCCAAGGCGUUUUCGUUUCUUAGGCGAGAAUUUUCACGGACCACUCCCAUCGUAUGGUGUUCGCUCACAUGACGAAGCCAUUCACUAUGAGGUUGGGGCCGGGAUCUUGGCUUACGUGGCUCGGUUCAACGAGGGAUGUGGGUCGCCCAACGACCUAAUUCCAAUUUUCGCCCAACCACGUCUUCUCCUGAAAUUGUCAUGUCUCGGCUGCUCCGCGGAGUCUGUUAAAGUUGCAUCUUACGCACGCUUGAGCCUGCCAAAUGCGUAUUCUGUAAUUCGAGACCCAGCGCCUGGAACGCACAAAAGUGAUGCAAACCUCAACCAAUCAGGUCGGCCGCACCGAGAUGAGA